GCUCAAGAGAUCUGGAAAAACCGGAUCUGCCGUUGGUAGUUUUUGAUACAAAGUCCUCACCUCCAACUCCAUGUACCAAAAUGGCUCUUUCACUUCCUGUUCACUUAUUUUGCAUCGAACAAAAAAUAGUCCUGUUGCAGGAACGGCCGCAUCGAUCUACACUAAAGCAUAAGGAGCAAUACCGUAUUUGAAAUAAUCUCAAGCUUCAUUUAUUUGACGACAUAGAGUUAGACGUAGCAAAUUUCUCUGAAUCACUCCCUUGAUAUUAUAACGCAUCCUUCGAAGAAGCUACUAGAGUGUCUUCUUCUUCUUCUGGCUCUUACACAACUUGUUAUUCAAAGCACACCCCAAAAAUGGGCCGCAGUCGCAGCAGAGACCGUGGUCGCGACCGAGAUCGCGACAGGGAGCGGCGCGGUAGAAAAGAGGAGGAGGACAAGCCGAAAGAAAAGAAGAAGCGGUCGCGCAGCGAAAGUAGUGCGGAACGAAGUAGGGAACGGGAAAAACGACGAAGAAGGCAGCAGAGGGAAUUUAUGCAGAAACACGGCGGGGGAAAGGGCCGAGGGAAAAAUGAGGAUAGAGGAGGCAGCGGCGGUGGCGGUGGGGGCGGUACCGGUGGUGCUGAUUUUGCUUGAUGUUAUUUACAACUUAUUUUGCAUGUGAUGCUGAAUGAGCCUGACCCUGAUCGAUCCUGAUGCAGAUCAGAUGCUCACCUCCAUGUUCUACAUGAGACGCACGAGCGCGUCGUGUAUAAUUUACCGCCCUCACGUACUAGAGGGUUUUUCUAUUUUUUUCUACCUCUACUUGGUGAAGCUAAAGUCAACACAAAUUAAUAACAACAGCCGGCGCCGGCAGUCAGCAGUCUCGACAAGGCAUGUUUUUAUCCAAGAAAAAAACAUGGUAGUUGUAACUUUUUUGGAGGAACAGCAUUACAAAUUUGUCUGGCAUGACAGCAAAAACCUGUCAUGCGCAGAUAGUACGUGAAAACGCCCUUUAAUGGACCCUACGACGCAUGCCAAGCAUGACAGACGCAAUCAUCUUGCAUGUUGCGCAUCACAAAUUUACAUCAACAGCGUUUUUUUCUUGGAUAAUUUUGGGACGGUUUUCAGUGGAUCCCCUCGGAUAUCAAAUGCAAAAAUGUCUGGGUCUGGAAGGAUUCGAAUUUGUGAUGCGAAGUCUACUAAAUCAUGAUAAAAUCUGUCAUGCAUGGCUAGCAAAAAGCCCCAUUUCUUGUUUCCGAGACAGAAGGUUUGUCAUGCGGAUUAGGCAUUGGGAUAAGUGCUCAAAAUCUGUGAUCCUAGAGCUUGCAUGCCAGACGAUCUGGGUCAGGCAAAAACUGCAUGACAGAUCUCGCAUUCUUCCAGACCCAGACAUACUUGCAAUCCAUAUCGGAGCAGAGCGUGAAUUCCGCCGCAGUAGCGGCACAGAUGAAGUUAAAAAGGUUGUACAUCGGCAACGUCCCGCCAGGCGUCAGCGAGGACAUGUUUAAACAGCAGUUGAUUGACAAAUUGCGGGAAACCGAAAUCAUAACCGCGGACCGGGACAGCUCCAGCUUGGAAUUGCUUAUCUGGUAUAGAUUUAGUACUGAUUUUUGCUUAUUUACAACUUUUAGCGAGUUGUGUUCAUCUUUUGUGAUGCGAACGCGAGAAAGGAAAAGCACGAUUUGAUAAAGAUUUAUUUGUUGUGCAUGAAAAUGAGCUCGACUCCUCCACGAAAAAAUUAUCAGGAUGCACCCGGAUCAAGGCUACGGUUUUGUUCAAUUGGAAAACGUCGAGAUGGCCGAGAAAGUUUUGGUUCGACUCGAUGGUAUGCUGGUGAACGGCUUUCCGGUACAAUUCAAGCGACCGAACGACGCUGCCGUGGCGGCGAAAAACAUUCCGGGGGUCAAUACAGGUACAUUGUUACUUCUUUUUACCCUUAAUACAAACGGGCAAAUUUCAUAUCUUCAUUUUCUAUGUAAUUUGAAUUUGUUCAUGUGCUUCGCGGCCCAUGUUGAAGAUUAUAAUCUUUCCGGACCUGCCUAAAAAAACUAUCCCAGGUCCGCUCGCCAUCGCCGCGCCGCCCGUCUGCACGUCGCGCGUGCUGCAGAUUUCGGAAGCCUUGCGCUACGACCCAUUCAAAACUGAGCAGGACGAAUAUUGCAAGGAAAAAUCCCCCCUCCCCAUAUCAAAACGAAAUUUCUGAUGCUGAAUCUGGGUAAACAAAUCAGCUCUGUAUUGCAGAAAGGCACCGCAGCCAGAUCCCCAGGCUAGGUAGAGGGGCGUAUGGGUCUAGUUGCUCAGCAUGGCAAACAGGUCACAUUUAGGGCCAACAGCAUGACAAAUCGCUUCCAUAGUGGGGCAGAAGCUUCUGCCCUUGUCUUCUUGCAAUACAAACGUGAUUUGCGACCUCAAAUCAGCAACGCAAAUUUUCGGAAACAUACCUUUUCGAUAUGGGGAGGGGGGAUUUUUCACUUUGAUAACGAAUUCGAGGAGUGCCUGGAGGACAUGGUGGAGGGCUGCAUAUGGAUUGCAAAUAUGUCUGGAUCUGGAAGAGAAGUGGAACUUGUAAUGCUGUCUGCGGAUUCUAGAAAUAUCUGUGUUGCAUGAGGAGCAAGAGGAGUCAGUUUUUGGCACGCGGAGAGGGCAUUUCUCAUGCGUGAUUAGCAUUAACAACCUCUCAACAAAUCUGUCAUGCUAGCACCAGCAUCACAGACCUCACGGGUCAUGCAAGAUGUGCAUGACAAGCCCCGACCCUUCCAGACCCAGACACUUUUUACAGUUGAUACUGUAGCAUGCACGGCAAAAUGAACGCGGCGAACAACAAGAUCAUCCGUCCGAGUCACAUGGCCGAACUGGUCAAACACGGCCUCGGGGACAGCGUCGCGGUACUAUUUUGAAACAAAAAUUAACCGCAUUGUUAUUUUUCGCACGAAGAAAAAAUUGGUUGAUUUGAUUGAUAGAUGUUGAGACGGGUUCUGCGAUGCUAGUAAGGCGAACGUCAGGGACGAUCAUGUUUCUAUGCACAUGUCACAACAGUUACAGUUGUGCGAACGGAAACGAUCAAAAUGAUAUCAGGUGGGUCACGUUUUCCUCGAGUUCGUGUCCAUGGGCGACGCCGCUGGGACCAUGACGAAGAUGCAGAACCGCAAGUACGAUGGCCGCUUCUUGAAGUAUCAGUCCUUCCCCGAGGACAAGUUUUACAGCGCCAUCGUACCGCUUCCGGCCGCGUGAAGUAGAGUGGUGCAGCCUGGAACUGCGGCUGAGGACCCACCUCCGGAUGAUUUGUUGAUGCUGGAAAGGGUUUGCUCGCGGUCGCAAUCAAAGCGAAAAAAUUUGAAGUCUUGACAUUAUCUCACCUACGACACCAUCUCAUGAUCUUGAAAAUGAUUUUCUAUUUUUGUCCCAAGAGUCGUGGCAGCUGAGCAGGAAAGCGCCAUCCUCGCUGAAUGUAGAUACAGAUUUCAAACAAGAACAUUGUCGAACGGAAGAAGGAACGAACGCGUGUCAGAGAAAUGAUUUCAUGAU